AUGGGCAGGCUCGUCCGGCUGGAGCCAUUCGCCGAGGAGGACCCCAACGACCUGGAGUCGAGCCACCCCAGGCUUGUAUUUACUCCGGACGAGGCGGCCGAAGCCACCGAGCGGUGCGCCAACGGAUCGCCGCCCAUCUUCAAGCACCGCUCCAACGCAGCGCUGGACGAGCGCUCGCCCCGGAAGGAGUUCGCCCGCUCGGCGAGCGCCGCCUUGGUGGCGCGGACGUCCGACGAGAGCAGGGCGCGGAGGACGUCCGCCACUUCCAGGCACGCCAUCCCCCACAUCCCCAGCAAGGUCUCCAACCACCUGCCGAGCAACCCCUCGCUGUUGGGCUCCGUGCCGGAGGGCAGAUCCUCGCAGGACGCCUUCGGCAGGAAGCUCGCCGCGCCCAAAGCGCCGAAGCGCAGCCCCUCCGCCUCCAGCUUCCAGUACAUGUCGACGCCCUUCCACGGCUCCACCUUGUCGGCGUUCGAGCAGCCGAGCGAGUUCGCCUCGCAGUUCAGCCUGAAGUCCGUCACGGACAGCCUCGCGCCGAUAUCGUACUGCUGCGGCUGCAGACGCCGCCCGAAGGAGGCCGGGCCGAAGGAGCCCAGCAAGUACUUCGACGUGCAGCUGCUCAAGGACCCGAUCUACCUGGUUAUCCUCAUAUCGAACUGCACGUGCGCUAUAUCGUACACGAACUUCAUAAUCCUCGUGCCGUCGUACGCGCUCGAGUGCGGCUUCGACAAGUCGCUGGGCGCUUACCUUCUGUCCAUCAUAUCGGCGCUGGACCUGGUCGGCCGCAUCGGCGGCUCGGCCAUAUCGGACGUGGUCUCCACGCCGAAGCGGUACUUCUUCAUAAGCGGCCUCCUCGUGUCCGGCGUGAGCCUCGCCAUGCUCCCUCUGGUGUCGAGCUACUCUGCGCUGAGCGCGCUCUGCUCGGUGUUCGGCAUCGCGUCCGGGAUAAACGUGGGCGUGACGGCGCUCGUGAUGACCGAGAUGCUGGGCACCGAGCGGCUGAUGUCCUCGUACGGGAUCAGCCUGUUCGUGAACGGGAUACUGCAGCUGAUCGGGCCGCCCGUCUGCGGGCUGUGGUUCGAGCGAACGCACUCCUACAAGUCGCUGUUCGUCACCCUGGGGCUGAUACUGUGCAGCGGCGCCGCUCUGUGGGGCUUCGUCCCGCUCAUCCACAGCAGGCGACGGAGGGCGGAGGGGCUCAAGCAGAGCCUCGACGCCAAAGCG